AUGAAUACCAUCAGCGGUGGUUCCUACCGCGACCCCUCCCAAAUGUCUCUUAUAGAUGUCCUCUUUCCCGGUUUCAGUAUGGCCUCUGUCUCUGUACAGCAACUUCUUACUAAUAACCUGGAUAGCUACACUCGACUGUUUUAUAGCUUGGGAAUAUUUGUCCUCUUCGCCCGUUAUACAGCCCGUUAUUUCUGCGAUAUAGAUCUUCGUAUCUCCUCUAUUAGUCUUAAUACUAAUAUUCUAAAAAGUCUGAUCGAAGAGUGCCGAGAAAAGUAUCUUAAGGGUACCCAGAAAAAAAACGCGGUAUUCCCUAUAAACGAGGCUAUCUUCUUUUCGGGCUACCCGGAACUAGAAAAUCUAGCUUUACUCCCGCUAUACUAUAUUGUCCUAUUGGAGGACGUGGAUACCGCUGGGGUAAGGCGUAGAGACAGCGUCGACGUAGAUCAAGAGAACGAAUCAAAGUCGGCAGUCACCCUGUCAGGACUUUUAAAUAUACUCGAUAGUGUUUCUUCUCAAGAGGGCCGGACACUUAUUAUGACCACGAAUCAUAUCGAAUACCUGGAUAAAGCACUGAUUCGAUCUAGCCGUUCAGACAAGAAGAUUCAUUUUAAACUCGCCGAUCAAAAUAUAUCUACUCAGCUCUUCCGCACUGUCUUCAAGCAGUUGCCAAGCCAAAAGCAAUACAACGAGGAAUAUGAUGAUGAGACAAUCGAAGCGUUCGCUCGCAAUUUUGCGAGCAAGGUACCGGAUCAAGUAUUCAGCCCAGCAGAAGUGCUUUCCUUUCUUUUGAAAUGCAAGAAGUCGCCUUCUGAUGCAGUUUCUUGUGUAGAGAGCUGGGUGGUGAAAGCAAAGUACUGA